UGCCUUUGAUAGCACCGUUUUGGAUGGAUGUUGACACUCGGCAAACUGGUCAGGUUUGGUACAAUCUCAGUUCCUACUCUGAACAUCUCAAUCGCGCUCAGGCAGACGUAUCGACAUUUUUUCCACAUGAAAGCUCUUUUCAACCAACCAAGAUUUUUAUAGCAACCUGGGUAGAUGUUCCAUGCUGGAAUGCAACAAGAGAUGAUCUGACAAAGAGGAACACAUUCCAGAUCGUUCUUGUAACUGAUGGAGCGACAUCUUUUGCCAUGUUUCAUUACCAGAAAAUAGAAUGGGCUGGAUAUGCUGAUUACGUCACAAAAGCUGUUGUUGGGUUUAAUGCUGGCGACGGUGUAAACAGCUACACUGUGAACAGUUCUGACUAUAAUGACGUCAUCAAUCUUGUAAACAGAUCAAACACAGGCAUAGCUGGCAAGUUCAUCUACCGCGUCGACGGGGACGCCAUUAUAGAACCGGCUAGUGACGAAAUCUCGAUCGCUUAG